UCUCAGAAGCAUCGCAGAUUUGAACAGAGUAAAGCAGUGCAGCGGCGCGCGCUCUCCGUGUCCUCCUGCACUUUCUCUCCGGACCCGCGAGGCUUGAGCGACCCAUGACAACUUUCAUCUGACUCUCUCAUCGUGCAUUUUUUUUUUUAAUUUUUCAUUUUUUUUGUUAACUUUCACCACCAUUUGCCAUUAUUAGUAUUGUUGUUGUUUUCAUUUCAUCAUUUACUCCAUUGCCAUCGUUUUUUGAACUGGAGCUCGCGCACUCCUCGCCUGAACGGAAUACCUCGAGCUGCUUUUGCGCGAGCGCGCGCCUCUCUCUCUCUCUCUCUCUCUCUCGCUCUCCCUGAGUGUGUGUGAGUGUGUGUGUGCGGUGCUCUGGUCUCGCCCUCGCUCCGGUUUGGAAUUGGUACCCCCUCCUGGCCGUCUUCUUUGCCCCCAGCGCUGAAGUGAACGGAGGAGCGGAUUAACUUGGUGAUGUGUGUACGGAGCUCCGGCGCGAGCGCGCGGCUCGCCUCAUUUUAAGGGAUCAUGUACCUGUCCUCUUCCUCCCUGCUCACCAGAGGCCCGACGGAGAGAGUUGCCCACUCAGCUUCACUCUGACCUUUUUUUUUGUUUUUUUGUUUUUGAAUAUAAUUAUUUUCUUUAUAGUAAUAGUAAUAAUAAUAAUAAUAAUAAUAAUAAUAAUAAUAAUAAUAAUAAUUCCCCCCGUUACUGAAUGAGAAACUGUCGCGCCGGUGCUCUUGUCGCCUCUCGGAGCUUUGGAUCAGUGCACGAGGCGCAGCCGCCGUUCUUACCGGACUAACACUGACACCGGGAUGCUUUACCCGUAGCAGGCUCUCCGGGCUUUGCUUUGUGUUUUACUCUCGCACCUGGAGUCAGGAUAUCAGGAGUUGGGAUUGUCUUCGACACUCCUCAGGGGCGUUUCUUUUAUUGUUGUUGUUUUUUUUUGUAUUGUACAUUUCCCCACAUUUCUGUCGUGUGAAACGGAUUUAGAGGUCAUGGGGGAGUCUCUGUGGACGUACUACUUUGGGGUGUUGGUGCUCGCGUGCAAGGUGAACGCCACCGUACUCGAAUCUAUCUACUGGAAUACGACCAACACCAAGUUCGUUCACGGUCAGGGUUUAGUCCUGUACCCUCAGAUCGGCGACAAAAUGGACAUCGUGUGUCCACGAGUGGAGGGCGGAUCCAUGGACGGAGUCGAGUACUACAAGCUCUACAUGGUUCCCCGCGAGCAGCUGGACUCGUGCACGGUGACGAAGGCCGAUACGCCGCUGCUGAACUGUGUCAAACCCGACCAGGACGUCAAAUUCACUCUCAAGUUCCAGGAGUUCAGUCCUAACCUCUGGGGCCUGGAGUUCUUCAGAGGAAAAGACUACUACAUCAUCUCAACAUCGAACGGCACGAUGGAGGGCCUGGAGAACCAGGAAGGAGGAGUAUGUAAAACGAAGUCCAUGAAAAUCGUCAUGAAGGUCGGACAGAACCCAUCAGACCCUCUUCCUCCUAAAGAGUAUCCCACCAAACAUCCGCCCAAAAUCUCAGACUCGGGCAAGGAUAAAUCCAACGAAGUGCUCGACAAGCUAGGAGGUUCUCAAAACGAGGGUGAGACAGGUGACGGAGGCAGUGGAGGUAAAUCAUCAUCGGUGAUCGGCUCCGAGGUGGCUCUGUUCGCCGGCGUCGCCUCAGCCUGCGUCAUCGCCGUGGCCGUCGUGGCCAUGCUGGUAGUGCUGCUGCUCAAACACCGGCGGCGUCAUGGCAAGCACUCGCCCCCUCACACCACCACGCUGUCACUCGGCUCGCUGGCCACGCCCAAAAGAGGCGGCGGCAACAACAAUGGCUCCGAGCCCAGCGACAUCAUCAUCCCGCUGAGGACAGCCGACAGCGUCUUCUGCCCACACUACGAGAAAGUGAGCGGCGAUUACGGCCACCCCGUCUACAUCGUGCAGGAGAUGCCUCCUCAGAGCCCUGCUAACAUCUACUACAAGGUGUGAGAGACUGAGGACUUAACUUUGAACUAUGACCCUGUUGCCCCCCCUCAAUGAAUCAGCCCCUCCCCGUAGAGGGGGCGGGUGACGAAGCUCACUCUGCGCCUCUUCUCGUGGCUGUCGUAAAAAAAAAAAUUCUUUUUUUUUUUUUUAUUUUCCGAAUAUUCCUUAUUAUUCUUCAAUGUAGAGAUUUUAAGCGGUGGAGUGAGGCUGCUGCUUUCAACCCCCUCACGAUUAGUAACAAAAAAGAAACACGUGCACUAAACGAUGUGUGUUUGUGAGGUGGGGGGGUGGGGGUGUGUUUGGGGCACGGUGAGGGGACAAACAAGGAUGACUCUCCUUAUGAGGAGAAGGACAAAAGAUGAGUGACAGAAUGAAGUGACUCAAGUUAAAAAAAAACCCUAAAAAUCAAGGAACCCUGACUGCGAACUGGUGCCUGUCACAGUGGGGGGAAACUCCUCGGUUCAUUGGUCACAGAUACAGGAAGUGGACUUUGAGGAAACGGGACGCACUGUCGGACCUUAACGCGGACAUCGCCUGUUUCGCUCGCCUUCUUGGUCACCGUAUCUUUUUUUUUGUUGUUCGUUUCUCCUGCAAAGUGACUCUCACAAUCGUUACUUGAAGGCUUUGCGUAUGGUCACGUGUCUUACUCGCAUUUCUCGUCGUCAUUCCCAGUAUGGCUCACGUGCAGAUUCGUUUGAUAGAUCUAGGUAUUGUCAUAGAGAUCCUGUUGUGCUGGUUAAUUCGUGCUGUUUGUACGUUGUGUGGGACACACACACACACACACACACAUACAUACAGACAUAUACACACAUAUUCACUGACAUCACACACAUUUCACUCCUGUAAUUUCGAAGCCAAGGGCUAGGGAGAGCAGAUGGGGUAAGAAAAAAACAAGAGGUUAUUGGAAGGUAGGGCGAAGAUGUGAACACUUUAGCAGCACUUUUUAAAAAAAAAAACUACACCCUGGCCCAUAUAACACACACACACACACACACACACACACACACACACACACACACACACACACACACACACACACACACACACACACACACACACACACACACACACACACACACACACAAGAAAGUGAGUUACAGUUAGUGAAAUGGUGGCAUCGGCAAUAAUUGUCCAACUGCCAUAAUUAUCACGCUCACAAAACAUGUUCACGAAACCCUUUCUGAUGAACUGGUGCUGUCAUACUCAUGCAAAAGCACAGGGUCAUCUAGGCGCAUUGCUAUUAGCGUAAUAAUUAUGAUUAUUAUUAUUAUUGUUUACUUUUUUAAUGAAACAGAAGACUUUAACAUUUUGUUAUGUUGAUGAUUUUGUUUAGUUGUACAUUAAAACGGAGGAGCUGAGAUUUAAACGUGGAAUCAAACAGAAAGAAGUAGAAAGAACUUAUUUAUGAUACACAGAGCACACAAAUCUCCAGGCAGAUAUUAAUAACUUAGCAAGCAGGCACAUUAUGCAAACGUAGAUCUUUCCCAUUUACAAAAAAUAAAAACAACACACACACACAAAAACAAAACAUUUAUCACCCCCAUUCACACCAAUUGCGAUCGAUCCUUACACAAAUAGUUGCCUUUUUGAACCACAUAUACUACACAUACUGACGCAUAUGGCCGGGAAAGGGGCAGCUUGGGAAUGAAAACUCGAGAGAAAACAGCAUGUUGGGUUUAAAAUAGCUGAAAGGAAUGAGAAAGAAGGGCCAAAAAGAGUCUGGUGGAAAGGCGAGUCUGGCAGGAUCUUGCUUAGCGAGGACAAACUAAACUGGCUCCUCUAGCCUGGCUGUCUUGUUUGAUGAAGCUCAGAGAGCAUUGGGUUGAAAUUAGGCCUCUUAAGUGGGAAGGAGGGCAGUGGACAAGAGUUACGAAGCCAGCCAGAAGGGAAUUAGCUCAGGCUAAAAUUGUAAAUCAUAAAAAAAAAGGGCAACUUUCGUGCUACUCCCUAGGCAUGUUGACAUUGAACACAAAAAGAGCUGCUGGCAGACGAGGAAGUAGCCAAUUGGAGUCUGUCGCUGCACUCAUGGGACCGACUUGGUUGAAUUCCAACAAUCCUCUACGUACUCGACCCUCAGCUCUCACGAGAAACCCCUCUGGUCAGUGUAAUGGUGUGUGUGGUUGUACAUGUGAACCUUUCUAUUGAACUAUUCGUGUAUUUCUCUCAUUCACACAUUGAUGAGGUUCACCUGCGGUGGACUUUUUGCGAUUUCGGUAACUCGACGUAAGCGGAGAUUAGGCCGUGGGUCUCCACGGUCAUGUAUUAAUUGUUCAUAUUUUUCAUUUCCAUCUGUUUCAUGGAGAUUGUCGAAUCUCGCCAAGAAGCCAAGCCUUGUGGGAUCUGAGGUUUGUGCCUCUGUAAGAGGCCGCAAAAAUAAGCAAAUAUGCAAUUUUUAUUUAUUUUUGUAACAAUUGAAAGACAAAAUGAAAUGCUUACACCUAUGGAAAAGUGUUCUUAUCCACUGAAAUGAGUGAAAUUAAACAAAAACAAUACAACAUAAACAAAACAACACAAUCCUGUUGUGUUUCCUUUUUUUUCCCCCUGAAAUAGUCUUCUUUUUAUAAAGCAGUUUAGUGAGGCUUUUUUUAUUUUUAGUUUUUGUUUACUUUGUGCAGUAGAUAUGAGGUAUCUGUGAAAACACAUUCACAAAGUUGAGCAGAUGCUUUGAAACUCGUAUUACAGAACACAUGCCCAUGUGUUUCGUUGCUGUCUGAUAUGGAACUUUAAAAAAAAAAAAAAAAAAAAAAAAAAAAAAAGAAUGACAAUCUUCUUAGUUUCUUUGAAUCCGAAGGCCGCUCUUUACUAAGCAACUCACAAACAUUCUUCUGAAACUGUAACGAGAGGAACGAGAUUCGCCCGGCUUUGGUGCGUUUGGAAGCUCGGAUGUCUGUGAAAUGUGGAGUGAAGCGUCUUCAGGCUACUGUAAAAUGCCUUGUGCGUUUUGUCAUCCCGAGUUCAGAUGACUCAGUAAUUUUUUUGCACCGUACACCUGUAGGUAAGAAAGCUGUAAAUACAUUCAUGUUUGUAUUGUAUAUGGAUCCCUGGUUCGAACAAUAGCCUUAUUCACAUGUUUUUUUUUUUUUUUUUUUUUUUUUUUUUUAGAAAAUAAAAGGACAGGGGUUAAAAACGACACAGUAAAAACACUACUUUUUUUGGUAAAUAGAUUGUGUAAAUAUCAACAACAGACCCAACGUAACAUUUUUUAAAUAAAGGCAUAGUAAGAUGUUUUGUAUAAAAUUGGAAUUUUUUGCUAUGUAUUUUAGCUAGCGCUCGUCUCAAGUCCUUAUCCGUUCCCUAAUGCCCCGCCCCUUUUGCACUGUUUCCAUGGUAAUUUGGUUUUAUUAAAAAAAAAAAAAUUUAAAAGAAAAAAGAACAAAAUGAAAGGAGAGUUGCCAAACCGACUGCUGCAUAUUUGUGCCAUACAUGUGUACCAUAGAUAUUUAUUUAAUUAGUUCUUUGUUUUUGUUUGUAUUUGACUUCAUUUCUGUCCAGUUUGUACGCAAAUUCAGUAUUACAAUUGGGUAUGUUUUUCCUCGCACUUCCCAUUUGUCCGUCUGUCGCUGUGGUUUUCCCAGUGGCUGUAGCUCCGCCUCCUUCCCUCCCCUUCCUUUCCUUCCCCAUCCCUUCCAGUGAGUUCUGGUCAGGCCGUGAAACAGUUCAAAAUGACACACACAUUCCACCAGUCUGUUACAAACUGAAAAUGCUUUUCAAUAAAAUGUUUUUCCUAUGGAA